AUGAAUAUACCUGCGCCUGCCAAGGCCGUGGCACGUUGCCUCUCCAGCGCCAUCUUGCGCUUCGCCAACCGUCGAUUCUUCUUCACCUUCACAGCCUUGGCCGUGUGGAGUGCCAAGAUCAUUCACAUCCAUGACCAUCACACAGCCGUUCAUCCUAUCCUCCUGAGAGAAUGGGGUUAUUCCUUCGUCGCCCAGGACAUCGCCGUCCUCACCUUUAUCCGACUUCUUCUUGACCACUGGGUCACCGGCCUACCGUUCCUACUGCGCGUCCUCAUAACCCUCUGCAAUGGCCUAUUCAUGUUCUACAAUGCUGCCUUCAGCAUCAUCUUCGUCUCGUUCUACCUCGCCGCCGGCUCCGAAAUCCAUCUCCGAAACGUUUCCCUACCUACCGAUCCCUCGUCACGAGCCCUAAUACUCUCGGGAAGUCUGUCGUUUGUUAUGGUCCUUUGCGCGACCUUUGUCUCGGCAUGGCUGUUCCAGAAUAUCUGCUACACUCUGUAUGGCUACUUCGCAGACGUCGUCAAUUGGCCCUUUGCUACAACAUGGCAUCUGUUCCGCCGACACGUCUUGCGCAAGAGCAAUUACUCCCAGGUUCCGCAGCUGGACAUCGAGGAACAAGUCAAACGUACCAGCGAUGAGUACGACGAUAUCGUCGAGUGGGAUGCCGAAAUACGACGGUCGGUGCCGCGUUUUGCCUGCAAGGUGGUCACCAACAUGAUCGUCUACACAGCAAUUGCCUGCAUUGUCCUAAUGCUCAUUUAUGCAUCAUACGAACGACCGAUCGACCGAUCCCUAAUAUUCCUUUCGUGGACGCCCGCAUUGAUGCCUUUCGUCGACCUUUCCGCCUCGUCGCCUGUCCUACAAAACCUGCCUCAGAUUCUCGACGUUGGUAUCCACCGGUCAUGGGACAAAAAGUCAGCUCUCAGCAUGCCACCAAACAUGGAAUGGCUGCCUGAGGACACAAAGUUGUCCGGCUUUGAGGACUGGUAUGAUGGCAAAGACCAUUACAAUGCAGACGCCGAUCCCCUUAGAAUCUCGAACCUCGACAAAGAUGUCAUUUCCGAACUACGAAACAAGCUACAAGAUGUCCCCGUCCGGCACGUUCUCCUAUUCUUCCUCGAAAGCACCCGCAACGAUGUCUUCCCUCUCAAGAAGGACACUGUAGUGUGGGAUAAAUUGGUCGAAAGCUAUGGCGAAGACGGCCUUCCACCGGAUGCCAUGCGCCGACUCGCGACUUUGACCCCGACUGCGAACUUCAUCACCGGCGACUACGAUGAUGGCUUCAACCACUUGAAGUCGGACCAAGUGAAGCGAGGCGGCGUUCGCUUCACCAACGCCCACACGACAGCGACAUAUACACUCAAGAGCUUGGAAGGCACGCUUUGUGGCAUUUCACCUCUACUGGCAGACUUCAACCUUGAUUACAAACACCACCUAUACCAACCCUGUCUGCCACAAAUCUUCAAUGCCAUGAACCAGGUGAGCGCUUCCGCAGGUGACGAAUCACAUGCCUACAAUGGGUCACAUUGGCAAUCCUACUUCUACCAGGCCUCUACCAUGGCGUACGACAAGCAGUACGAAAUGAUAGCUGGCAUCGGAUUCCCUGAUGAACACAUCAUCAAUCGAGAGUACCUGCAAUCGGACAAUGCGACUCACGGCCGCGUCACACUGCCCAACAUUAAUGCCUUCGCUUUCGAGGAGGAUCCCCUCGAAGAUUAUAUUCGCGAUGCCUUUGUCUCGGCAAAGGAAAAGAACGAGCGUGUUUUCCUCUCGCACAUUACCAGCACAAGCCAUCACGCCUUCAAGUUGCCCGAGAAGGAAAAGUACGUCCCAGUUGCGAACGGUCUCGACAUGCUAUCGCAUUACAUCAACACCGAAAAUUACGACGACAGAUGGCUGCGCAAGGUUCUGAAUCUGCUGGAUGAGCAAGGUGUUGCCAACGAGACUUUGAUGGUGUUUGUCGGCGACCACGGUCUUUCGAUGCCUGAAAAUGGCAUUGUUUCGCCGUAUUACAAUCCGAACAUCGGCGUCGAUCACGUUCCUUUGGUGCUUUCGCAUCCAUUGCUGCCGGCUUUCGACGUCCACGAUGCAGUACACUCGUCGCAGAUUUUACCCACGAUCCUUGACCUCCUUGUCGAGACAGGCUCUUUAAACAAUGGUAGCCAACAGGUUGCCUCUGAUCUGAUGCGCAACUACGAGGGACAGUCCCUCAUUCGCCCGCAGAUAAACCAGAACGAAACCACCGGUCAGGGAAAUUGGCAGUUCACAGUCGUCAACCCUGGCCGUGCCAUGGUAACCGGUCGCGACGCCCGCUACCCCGAACGUCACCUCGUUGUACCUCUCAUCGACAACAUUGAAUGGCGCUUCACCAACCUCACCAACGAUCCACGUGAAGAGUACUCUAUCCAAGGCUUCGAGUUUGGAUCCUUCAUUGAUAGUAUCAGACAUGAGCUUCAUAGACAACAUGUCUUGUCACCUGAGGAGAUUCACGCAGUAGAAAACUGGGUACAAGAAGGGGCUUCUAUAGCUCGCUGGUGGGUGGAGGAGAACAGUAAGCGAUGGCGAUUUGGGCCAUACGCGGAAUUCAAGCUCAAGGAAAAGAUGCCCUUGACACCUCCUUAA